AUGUCUUUUAGGAGGGUGUACAGGGACAACCGCAAGGUACCGCCAGUCAUCGGGCUACUCACAAUAUGCCUGCUUUGGUGGUUUAUAGACCCUUCCGCCAGGAAUAGCUUACCGCUGCGAACCGGCACGGCACCGCCGGUUGGAAGUGGAAGCAAUCAUGCGCCUACACAGGAAGACCCGCAUACAGCACAAGAGGACAUCAUACUUUCUAAAAGUCCAAGCAAUGACAAAGCAACAGCUUUGACUGGUGAUGAUGUCCUGCUCAUCAUGAAAACAGGAUCAACAGUGCUUUGGAGGAGGUUGCCCAUCCACCUCUCUACGACCCUCGCACCUGACCGUGUCAAGACGAACGGCACCGUCAUCUACUCGGAUGCCGAAGUCAAAGUCGGCAAACAUACCGUCAUCGACAUCCUGGCGCAGCUACCAAAAUCGGUCAAGGAAUCGCCGGCUUUUGAGCUGUACCGAGCUAUCCGGGACUGGGACGAAACCAACUACUACUUAGAGCAGACCGGCCUACCUGGCGACGUCGACUUCUACGAAGGCCCCCCUGGCGGCUGGCGACUGGACAAGUACAAAUUCCUCCCGCUGAUGCAGCACGCCGGGAAAGAAUGGCCACAAGUGAAGUGGUACAUCUACACAGAGGACGACACCUACCUCUUCCUGCCCAACAUCCUGCUCUACCUGUCCGAGUACGACCACCGCAAGAGCCAUUACAUCGGCGGGCUGGGCGAGAAGCUAGGCACGACCUUCGCCCACGGCGGCUCCGGGUUCGCGCUCUCCCGCGGCGCGUGGGAGAGGUCGUUCGGCCGGGGCGGGGACCUGGUCACCAAGUACCAGGGGUUCGUGGACGAGGCCUGUUGCGGCGACUACGCGCUCGGCAAGGUGCUCAACGACCACGACGUCUGGUUCGGGGACGGCAAGGACGACAGGGCCGACGGUGGCUCGUGGGGGUUCAACGGGCUGCCGCACUGGAAGAUCGAGUUCUCGCGGGAGAACUGGUGCAAGCCUGUGCUCACGUGGCACCAUGCACACAAUCGCGAUAUUGCUCGUUAUUAUGAGCUGGAAAGAUCGUGGGACUUUAGUAAGCCGCUCAAUUAUGGUGACUUUUACAAGGCCAUAAUCGCCCCGUCCUUGUCGAAGCGGAAGGGAUGGUGGGAGAACCUCUCCAGCAGAUACGAGGUACAUUCGACGUCACCAGAAUCAGCCCCACGGCCUAAAGGGAACUUCGAUGCAAAAUUGUGGGCAAAGGCAUGGGUCUCUGUCGACAGCUGUGAGGCAGCAUGCGAAGGCUGGUCCCAGUGUGUUCAGUGGUAUUAUUACGGCGAUGAUUGCAAGAUGGACGACAGAGUGUUCCUGGGACAUGGAUACCCUGAAGGGAUGCGAUAUAGGAAGGAUAAGCUUGAGUCCGUCAGCGGGUGGUUGACGGACAGAGUGGAAUCUUGGAGCUGUAGUUAA